AUGAAUAAAUUGAACUCAGGUCCAACACCUCUCCCUCUGCUCGGCAAUCUCCAUACAAUCUUCGCCCACGAGCCCGGAUAUGGUGCGUUUGAGAUGUGGCGGAAGAAAUAUGGUCCAGUCUACACCUACUGGAUCGGCAAUAUCCCAUUCGUGAUGGUGAGCGAUUACAAGACACUGAAGGAGACUUUUGUCAAGGAUGGUGACGCAUACAUUGGAAAAUUCCAUUUCGAAGAAACUACCAAAGAAUACCGAGGCAAGAGCGACUUCAGCAAUACUUAG